AUGGUGGAAAUCACCCAAACAGCAUCUCCGACCUCUUCCCUUGUGAGUCUUAUAAAGACUAUAUCAGGAGCAGGCCUUUUGUCGAUUCCGUAUGCAUUUUCGACCGAUGGCUUGAUCGCUGGUGUUCUCAUUAUCGCCCUUGCUGGUAUUACCUCAGGCUACGGCUUGUUCUUGCAGGUUUAUGUAUCGAAAUACGUUCCUGCUGGCCAUGCAACAUUCUUUAAUUUGUGCUCCAUCACUUAUCCUACGCUCAGUGUGGUAUUUGAUUUCGCUAUCGCAACCCAGUGUUUCGGCUGUGCUAUAUCCUAUUUGGUCUUGAUAGGUGAUUUGAUGCCAACCAUCAUUACUUCAGUACCAUUCGUCAGCCUGGACCAUUACAAGCAGUUCUGGAUAUUGGUUUCAGCUGUUUUAUGUGUCCCACUUUCGUUCCUCCGAAACUUGGACUCCUUGAAGUACACCUCGGUGCUCGGACUUACUGCCAUUGGGUACAUGGCGCUCCUAGUAGUCGUUCACUUCUUGAUCGGAGAUGUUCCAGAGUCAUACAAAGGUGGAAUUGUCCUUUUCCCUGAUUCGGCUACCAAGGUUUUUUCCACCUUCUCAAUUGUCGUGUUCGCCUUCACUGGCCACCAAAAUAUGUUCUCAAUUAUAAACGAGGCUAAGAAUAAGUCGCUUUCAUCCCUCAGCACCCUAGUUAACCUUGCUAUUGCAAUCCUGGCAGUGCUUUUCAUUAUCAUUGGCGUCGCAGGCUAUUUAACCUUCGGUGAUCUUGUCAAUGGUAACAUCAUCUUGCUGUAUCCAAGCGCAUUUUCAACGACCGUGGGGAGAUUCUGUAUCGUCUUCAUGGUGGUAUUUUCAUUCCCCUUGAUGAUCCAUCCAGCUAGAAUAUCUGUCAACAACAUCUACUUCUGGGUUUUGGUCAACGUGCUAGGUAGAAAGCCAGACGAGCCAGCUGAGGACCAGGACGCACUUUUGCACCCAACCGAGGAGCGUGAUGAAACCGCUCCUCUCAUACCAAAUUCAAAAGCUUAUAUCGUUCCGUUCCCCGACUCCACCUUUUACAGUAUUACAGUGGUCUUGCUCUUGGUGGGUUACACAGCUGCAGUGAGCAUUAAAUCUUUUGCACUUGUUCUUGCAGUCGUGGGAGCGACCGGUUCCACAGCUAUAUCAUUCAUCUUGCCAGGUCUUUUCGGCUACAAAUUGAUUGGGUCGGAAUCCGAUGACCCUAGCAAGCUCGAGCAAACGCUCAAGAACCUUGGUCUAGUUCUUUCAGUUUGGGGUUUCAUGGUGAUGGUCGUUUGCCUUUAUUCCAGUUUGGCAUUGUAG